AGGGGUGGGCUGCGCAGGCGCGCAGGGAGCCCCGGCUCCGGAGCAUAAACAAGAGCGGGGACGGGAUGAGGCGGCGGUUGGUUCCCGGGCAGCAAGCUGCGGCGAUCCAGGCGGCGAGCGGGCACCGGCGCCGACCCUGAGCGCACGCGACCCUCCUCCCGCGCGCGAGCCCCGGGUCGGGCCCACCCGCCCGCCGCGCGCCCACCAUGAACCUGGCGAGUCAGAGCGGCGAGGCCGGCGCCGGCCAGCUGCUCUUCGCCAACUUCAACCAGGACAUCACAGCAGUGAAAAAGUCAUCAAGAACAGCCGGUCUCGGUCAUCUUGCUCUUACCUGGUCCCUAGCUGUUGGUAGUAAGUCCGGUUAUAAAUUUUUCUCCCUUUCUUCUGUGGAUAAGCUGGAACAGAUCUAUGAAUGCACUGAUACUGAAGACGUGUGCAUAGUAGAAAGAUUGUUCUCAAGCAGCCUAGUGGCCAUCGUCAGCCUCAAAGCUCCUAGGAAACUAAAAGUUUGCCACUUUAAGAAAGGAACUGAGAUCUGCAACUACAGCUACUCCAACACGAUACUGGCCGUGAAGUUGAACAGGCAGAGGCUCAUAGUGUGCCUGGAGGAGUCUCUGUACAUACACAACAUCCGGGACAUGAAGGUUCUGCACACCAUCAGGGAGACCCCCCCAAACCCAGCAGGCCUGUGUGCACUAUCCAUCAACAACGACAACUGCUACCUGGCGUACCCAGGCAGUGCCACCAUCGGGGAGGUGCAGGUCUUCGACACCAUUAACUUGAGAGCUGCAAACAUGAUCCCUGCUCACGACAGUCCUCUAGCCGCACUGGCUUUUGACGCCAGUGGAACCAAGCUUGCCUCUGCUUCAGAGAAGGGGACCGUGAUUAGGGUAUUUUCCAUUCCAGAGGGACAGAAACUUUUUGAGUUCCGGAGAGGAGUUAAGAGGUGUGUGAGCAUCUGCUCCUUGGCCUUCAGCAUGGACGGUAUGUUCCUCUCCGCCUCCAGCAACACUGAGACUGUACACAUCUUCAAACUCGAGACUGUGAAAGAAAAACCUCAGGAGGAGCCCACCACCUGGACCGGGUACUUCGGGAAGGUGCUAAUGGCUUCCACCAGCUACUUGCCCUCCCAAGUGACAGAAAUGUUCAACCAGGGCAGAGCCUUUGCCACGGUCCGCCUGCCUUUCUGUGGCCACAAAAACAUCUGCUCCCUAGCCACAAUUCAGAAGAUCCCCCGAUUGCUGGUGGGCGCUUCCGACGGGUAUUUGUACAUGUACAACCUGGACCCCCAGGAGGGGGGCGAGUGCACCCUGAUGAAACAGCACAAGCUGGAUGGCAGCAUGGAGACAACCAAUGAAAUCUUAGACUCCGCCUCUCACGACUGCCCCUUAGCGACUCAGACCUACAGCACAGCUGUAGCCAAAGGUACUCACGUGCCUGCAUCCCCGACAAGACUUGGUAAGGGCUGUGACACAAACCUGGAAGCCUACACAGAUGAGCUGGGUGCAGUGGGCGGCACUUGUCUGGAAGAUGAAGCCAGCGCCCUGCGACUGGAGGAGGACAGCGAGCACCCUCCCAUGAUUCUUCGGACGGACUGAACUUGACCUGUGAACUCUGACCCCAAAGCAGAGAACACUGGCUUGACAGAGGACUUUGUGUUAUGCUGCUAUGAACUUUGACCUGAGUUGGGGAGAGGAUGGCAGAGACUUAAAAAGAAAGAAAAAAAAAAAGAUUGUAGCUGUAGUCUCAUUCCUUACUGUUGAGAAAUACAUGGUUUUCACUUCAGUGGCUUUUAAUCCUGCUUAUGAAUUUUAGCUUUUUGUUUGUUUUCUCUUUUUGCCAAAAUUAACUGUUUGGUGAAGCCCUUGAAACCUCCUUGCUUUGCAUGCGUUAAUGUGCCAAGCCAGCAUAGGACAGCUAGCAGCCACUUCCUAACACACUGCGGUCGCGUGGUUUUUACAAUCUGUAUAUAAUGGGCGCACGUCAUGCAGAGCUGGUCUGCUUGUGGAGGCUGGUUCUGCUCAGACAGGUCCGGGGCCCCCAGGGCUGGGGCUGGCAGCGGCCUCGGGGAGGGGUCCUCUCCCAGAGCCCUGCACACCUGGGCCUGGUUCUCCGCUUUAUUUUGUUAAUUAAAUUCUUUCCAAAUUGGACUAUUUGGGGAUUUUUUCCAUGGUGGAUUUGUUUUCCAUGUGGGCACUGACAGAGAGAGGUUCUUUUUGAUAUUAAAACCCUUGCCUUCUGACAGCAAGUAAACUUGAAAGAGACUGCCUAGGAAUAUGGGAGCGAAGGACAGUGGUCUCAUUUGUAUAAUUAAAUUAUCUGGUCUUUAAUCUUCCUGGUGAA